UAAGCCACCUCAUUGGCCAACAGCACAGCAAGCAGAACGAGCAGCUCACCAACCAGCCGCAAAUAUGAUGGGAAAGAUAAUCUUCUACGAGGACAAGAACUUCGGUGGCCGUCACCAUGAGUGCAUGAGUGACUGCGCUGAUCUUCACUCCAUGUUCAACCGCUGCCAAUCCAUCAGGGUGGUGAGCGGUAUGUUCAUGAUCUACGAGCGCCCCAACUUCAUGGGACACCAGCACUUUCUGAGGAAGGGAGAGUACUCCGACUACAUGCGCAUGCUGGGAAUGAAUGACUGUGUCAAGUCCUGCCGCAUGAUCCCCAUGCACCGUGGUAACUUCAGGAUGAGGCUGUACGACCGUUCUGACAUGGGAGGCCAGAUGAUGGAGCUGGAUGAUGACUGCCCCAACUGCAUGGACCGUUUCCGUAUGUCCGACUUCAACUCCUGCAACGUGAUGGACGGCCACUGGCUAAUGUACGACCAGGCCAACUAUAGAGGACGCCACUACUACCUGAGGCCCGGCCAGUACCAUAGAUACAGCGACUGGGGAGGCAUGAGCUCCAAGAUUGGCUCCAUCAGGCGCAUUAUGGACCUCUAAGGAAGGAAGGGUCCUUGUAAAAUGUUUACUUUAUGCCUUGUUUCACACACUGAAUAAAAUGGUGUCAGUGCUCAA